CGUUUCGGAUCCAGCAUGGCAGGGAAGCAGAAAAGGAAGUUAGAAGACCUCAGUGUGGAUGAGUUCAUGCAGUCAGGUUUUGCCAGUGAAGGUGAAUCUGAUGAAGAGACUAAACAGCAGAAUGGACUCAAACCGAACAAGAAGAAAGAGCUGGAAUCUGAAGCCUUCACGACGGAUGAUGGGAAAAAGGGUAAAGCCACUCAACACAAGCAGCAGCUGUCCAGGUUAAAGAACAAAGAUCCAGCAUUCUACAAGUUCCUGCAAGCAAACGACCAAACCCUCCUAAACUUUGAUGACACAGACAGCUCUGAGGAUGAGGAUGAGAGAAAGUAUCACAAAUUGCCAUCUGCACUGGAGGAGGCCGGCUCGGAUGACGACGUCUGUGACGAUGAGGACGAUAAGGGUCAGAAAGCUUCGAAGAAAUCCAAGAAGGCAGUGGAGACCAUCAAAGUCACAGAAAAAAUGAUUGCAGACUGGAAAGUUGCAAUGAAGAAGGAACCCACCCCUCGUCUCUUCAGAGAAGUCACCCAGGCCUUUAAGGCCGCUGUGGCCACAACCAAGGGCGAAGGAGGGUCUCUUUGUCGAUACAAAGUUGCUGACAGCUCAGUGUUCAACGCCCUGGUCUUGUUCUGUAUCAGAGAUAUUUUUGUGGCCCUGCAGAGGAUUCUCAACUUGAAGACAGAAAAAGACCAAAAAAGUAUGAAUUGGAUGUUAGUGGUCCCAUCGGCCAGUCCCAAGUGGCAGAAGAAUCAGAUUGACAUCAAGAUGUAUCUCAGUGGAGUAGUUCAGCUGUUAUCCUGUCUGACAGAGGCUACAGUCAUCAGUGCAGUCCUGCGCCACGCCAACCAGCUCAUACCGUAUUACCUUUGUCUCCCCAAACAGAGUCGUCACCUGGUAAAGCAAUUGUUGAAGCAGUGGAGUACAGGAGAGGAGACAAGUCGGGUUCUCGCCUUCCUGGCACUCAACAAGAUCUGCAGACACAAGCAGGACAAAUAUCUUAACCCUAUUCUUAAGCAAAUGUACAUUUCCUAUGUACAAAAUUGUAAGUUCACGUCUCCCAAUGCACUGCCCAUGAUCAACUUCAUGCAGCGAACCCUUACAGAGAUGUACUCCCUGGACACACAGGCGACUUACCAGCACGCCUUCAUCUACAUCCGACAGUUGGCCAUCCACCUCAGGAAUGCCAUGACCAUGAAGAAAAAGGAAACGUACCAGUCGGUGUAUAACUGGCAGUAUAUCCACUGUCUGUACCUCUGGUGUCGGGUCCUCAGCACCCUGCAUCCCAGUGAUGUCCUCCAGCCUCUAAUCUAUCCACUCUGCCAAGUCAUAAUUGGCACCGUGAAACUGGUGCCCACAUCAAGAUACUAUCCUCUGAGAAUGCAUUGUUGCAGAGCCCUCAUCCUGCUGUCCAGCAGCACCAACACAUUUGUACCUGUGCUGCCUUUCCUCUUGGAGAUCCUCCAACAGGUGGACUUCAACAAGAAACCAGGCCGAAUGAGCAAGAAACCCAUCAACUUUGCAGUCAUCCUGAAGCUUGGCACUGUCAACCUAAUAGAGAAAGCCUACAAGGACGGGUUGAUUGACCAGCUGUAUGACCUCAUACUGGAAUACUUCCACACUCAGGCCGGCACCAUCGGGUUCCCAGAGCUCGCCCUUCCCACCGUCAUUCAGCUGAAAGCGUUCCUGAAGGAAUGCAAAGUGGCCAAUUACUGCAAGCCGAUGCGCCAGCUGCUGGAAAAGGUACAGGAGAACAGCAGCCACAUCACAGGACGGAGACAGAAGGCUGCCUUCGGAGUGGCUGAUGCCACUGCUGUGGUGGCUUGGGAGAAGCAGAUCUGUGAGGAAGGGACUCCCCUCAGCAGAUACUACAGCCAGUGGAAGAAGCUGAGGGAGAAGGAGAUCCAGCUGGAGAUCUCUGGCAAAGAAAGGAUGGAAGAUCUGGAACUCCCUGAGGUCAAACGUAGGAAGUUCCAGGAGAAGAAGGUGGAGGACAAGAAGGAGUUCAAGGAUCUGUUUGAUACCGACAGCGAAUCAGAUGGAGAUGACGGAAGAUUCAAACUCAAAGGGAAAAAGGGCCACCGUGGAUCUGAUGAUGAGGAUGAUCUUGAAGAGCUAUUUGACAUGAGCAAUGACGAGGGGGUGGAAGGCGGAGACUCAGAUGAGGGUGAUGAAAUGGCCUCCAAGGCUCCUCAGCCGCUGUCCUCCUCUGCUCUGAUAAAGCUGGCAGAAGGAGACGAGGAUCUGGUGGAGGACCUGGAGCUGUCUGAUGAUGACUGAGGUUCAUGGACGCUCACCUGAGACUUUUAUGCUCUCCACCUUAUCAAACAUCUAUAAUUAGAAUGUUAUAGUAUUUUGUAUUACUAAAUAAAAACAUGUUCAUGAUAUCAUUUUA